ACACACACACACAUACACACACAUACACACACACACACACACACACACAUAUGGACGGGUUGUAUUCCUGUUCGAGUCGUCAGGGCUGCCAGACGUAUGUAUUACAACGAUACACCGAACAUUACAUACACACACAUACGGGAAUUAGUUAAGCGUGUGUGUGUGCGUGUGCGUGUUGCGCAAAAUGCGCAGACGGAUGUAUAAAUACAUUCCAUACUCAACGUUUGAGGCACACGCGCCAUGGCGCUGGCUCUGUGUGUACAAGACAGAUUGCGGCUAGUUUUUGUGGAAGAAGCAACCUCUCAGUGAUAAGUGUCUUGAAAAAAAGGAUAUAUGCUUUGGCAAAGAUAACUGCAAAAUAUUUCCAUAAAGACAUACAAGUGCAAAUAAAGAAAAUACAAAAGUGGUGUAAAGUAACAGUGCAUUAUUGUUAAGUAACAGUGCAUUAUUUCCAUAGUGAUAAUAUCCAUCAACAAGCAUUCCACCAGAACUUUUCAUCAUGGUAGGACCCGUUGAUACAGGUGAACUAGUUCGAUCUUUAGUACGUAUACCAGGGAGUGGCUAUGAUAAAUCAGCUGGAUCGGCUUGCCUUGACCUUGCCAGGGUCUCCACUCUGGCUGCAUCCGUUCCCGUACCACAGACACUACCACCAGCACUCAUGUCCCAGAGGCAACCGCCCCAGAAUCUUACGGAUCAAACGAAGUUAGGAAGUAAGGCCGGGGCAGCAAUUGGGGCUUUUCCCAGAACAUUGACUCUAGUUCCUAACAGCAGAGGUCGCAAGCGGUCGUGUGCAGAAGAGGCUGCGACUGGUUCCGCACGUAGCAGUGCAGCAUCGUCCCAAUCUUCUGGCCAGAGUCUCCCUGUGAAAAGAACCCGCAUCGUGUAUAUGACAGCGGAACAGUUGGCAAGGUGCCCUAAUGUUUCGACUGUUAAUACCCCAUCAGGACCUAUAUUCUGUAUGUCUUUACAGUCAACCAGUUCUAAUUCCCCUGCACCUUCCAUCUCGCAAGACAGCCUGCCACAGCUUCUGAAUGAAAGGAAUACCUUGAGGCAACAGAACGUGCAACUGCAGCAGCGACUGGCGCUCUACCAGCACAUCUUCAGGAACAGAAACAGGUUAACCUCAGUGGCCGAAGGAUUGGGUGUGAAAAUACCCUAAGAUUUUGUUCCUGUGACCUCUCUUUCCUCCUUCAUGGGUUAUUCCCGUGUUGGCUCUCUCUCUCUCUCUCUCCACCUUCAUGGGUUGCUCCUAUGUUGGUGUUCCCUCAUUUUACCUUCGUGGGUUAUUCCCGUGUUGGUAUUCUCUCUCUCUCUUCCUUCAUGGGUUAUUCCCGUGUUGGUAUUCUCUCUCUCUCUUCCUUCAUGGGUUAUUCCCGUGUUGGAAUUCCCUCAUUUACCUUCGUGGGUUAUUCCCGUGUUGGAAUUCCCUCAUUUACCUUCGUGGGUUAUUCCCGUGUUGGUAUUCUCUCUCUCUCUUCCUUCAUGGGUUAUUCCCGUGUUGGUAUUCUCUCAUUUACCUUCAUGGGUUAUUCCCGUGUUGGUAUUCUCUCUCUCUCUCUCUUCCUUCAUGGGUUAUUCCCGUGUUGGUAUUCUCUCAUUUACCUUCGUGGGUUAUUCCCGUGUUGGUAUUCUCUCAUUUACCUUCGUGGGUUAUUCCCGUGUUGGUAUUCUCUCAUUUACCUUCGUGGGUUAUUCCCGUGUUGGUAUUCUCUCUCUCUCUUCCUUCAUGGGUUAUUCCCGUGUUGGUAUUCUCUCUCUCUCUUCCUUCAUGGGUUAUUCCCGUGUUGGUAUUCUCUCUCUCUCUCUUCCUUCAUGGGUUAUUCCCGUGUUGGAAUUCCCUCAUUUACCUUCAUGGGUUAUUCCCGUGUUGGUAUUCCCUCAUUUACCUUCAUGGGUUAUUCCCGUGUUGGUAUUCCCUCAUUUACCUUCAUGGGUUAUUCCUGUGUUGGUUUCCCCUUAUCCCGCAUUCAUGGGUUACUCCCGUGGUGUUUUUUCUCUCUCCAGUUUUAUUGGAUAUAUCAUGUCAGUUCAAUUCAGUUCACAACUCCUAUCCAUUACAGCUCAUUCGUAAAGGGGGGGGGGGGAAAUCAAAUCCAGUUCAGUUUACUUCAUUGUUCAUUCAUUUAAAAAAAAUCAUAAACAUAUCCACCCAUAUCCAUUACUCUAUCGUGCAAAAGUAAAGUGGGGUAACUAUAUUAUUUUAACAAAAAA